AUGGGCGCGGCGCGUCCACGGCGCUGGCGGCUCCCCUUCCAACGCAGCGCGCCCUCGUCCCCAUCCUCCAAGUCCUCCGCCGUCCCCUACUCGCCCGCGCGCUCCGCGGCGGCGGCGGAAAACGAGAUAAAGUGGGAGCAGCAGCAGGAGGCCGCGCCGCCGGAGCUCGUCUGCCCGAUCCUCGGCGCGCUCAUGGCCGACCCCGUCAUCCUGCCGUCCGGCCACACCUACGAGCGCGCCUGCCUCCAGGCCUGCGCCGACCUCUCCUUCUUCCCCCCCGGCGCCGGCUCGGGCUCCGACGCCAUGAUUCCCAACUCCGCCCUCAAGGCCGCCAUCGGCACCUGGUGCGCCCGAUCCGGCCGCGUCGCGCCGCGGCCCCCGUCCAGAGAAGCUGCUCGGGCGGCAGUGCUCCGCGCGAUGCCUCCUCCUCCUCCGGCUCCGGCUGCGGCGGCGGAGGCCAAGUCUGUUCGAACCCGGAGGGCGGCGACGGCGAGCUCCUCCAACUCGUCCUACUCCUCCCCGCCCUCCGCCGCGUCCACCUCCACCUACACGUCCUCCUCCUCGGAGAUCACCCCCGCGGAGGACGACGCGGCACAGGCGGCCGCGAAGCCCGACGUGGCGCCGGUUGACCCGCUGGAGGACGAGGUGGUGGCGACGGUGAUGGACGCGGACGAGGACGGCGAGGUGGCGGCCGCGCUGGCCCUGCUCCGCGAGGCCACGCGGGAGAGCGCGGAGCGGCGCCGCGCGCUCUGCACGCCGCGCCUGCUCGCGGCGCUCCGGCGCGUGCUGCUCAUCCCGCGCCACGCCUCCGCCCGCGUCGACGCCACCGCCGCGCUGGUGAACCUCUCCCUCGAGCCGGCCAACAAGGUGCGCAUCGUGCGCGCGGGCGCCGUCCCGGCGCUCGUCGAGGUGCUCCGCUGCUCCGCGGGCGGCGGCUCGGAGGCGCGCGAGCACGCGGCGGGGGCGCUCUUCGGCCUCGCGCUCGCCGAGGAGAACCGCGCAGCCAUCGGCGUGCUCGGCGCGGUGCCGCCGCUGCUCGACCUGUUCACCUCCCCCGCCCAGCACCCGCGCGCGCGGCGCGACGCCGGGAUGGCGAUGUACCACCUCUCGCUCGCCGCCGUCAACCAGACCAAGGUCGCCCGCUUCCCGGGCGCGCCCAAGGCCCUGCUCGCGGUCGCGUCCAGCGCGGCGGAGCCCACGCCCAUCCGGAGGCUGGCGCUCAUGGUCGUCUGCAACGUGGGCGGCUGCGCCGAGGGCCGCGCCGCGCUGAUGGACGCGGGCGCCGUGGCGUCCGUCUCCGGGAUCCUCCUCUCAGGCAAUGACGACACCAGCACUCGCGUCGCGGAGCUGGAGGAGUGGUGCGUGGCGGCGAUCUACGCGCUGAGCCGCGGCAGCCUGCGGUUCCGGGGCCUGGCGCGGGCGGCGGGGGCGGACAGGGCGCUCCGGCGCGUGGCAGAGGAGGGCACCCCCGGCGGCGUGCGGCGCGAGAUGGCGAGGAAGACGCUCCGGGCCAUGCGGGGCGACCUGGACGAGGAGGCGGACCUGACCGGCAGCAGCCUCGAGUGCGGCGACGGCGGCGGGGAGGACUGCGGCGGGAGCAUCGUGUCGGACGGGCUCAUGUCGUUCCGGCGCCGGCAGCGCGACGUCGGGGCCGCGUCGGGCGGCAACACCGCCGAGUUCUGAACCCAAUUCCUCCGCCCAGUCAUUCAGUGUUCCCCCAUAAUCUGUACGUAAAAUCGCUUGCUUUUAGGUUUCACACGGUUAGAUGUUGGUGACUGUCACGCGAGAUUGAGUUCGUAUCCUCCAGAGGAUCUAUGCCCUCUUUGUUUCUGAUUGAUCAAACUACGUAAUGCAUGAAGUGGCUGUGCGAGUUGCUAGCUCGCGACUUGGCA